GUGUGAAUGUCAAUUAUUGCAAAUUAAUGUUAAAGAAAGUGAUUAAGAACUGAACAAAAUAAUCUUUAAUCUGGAUUAAUUAAAUUUUGCGGACUGAGUUAAAGACAGGCAGAUGGAGGACAUUGAAACGGGCGAAGAUAAUGCCAAGACAAAGUGGCCAGGUUACUGUCAGACAUUUAUAGUGAAAGAGCCCAAUGGUAACAUCAAAGAGCUGGUCUUCCCUAAAGCGUUGGACUUGGACCGGCCGAAAAGGGAAAGGACUACGUUUUCUAACAGGCAGCUCCAGCACCUCGAGGAAGAGUUUAACAGCAACCAGUACAUUGUAGGGAAAGACAGAACACGAUUGGCCAAAUCUUUGGGUCUCUCGGAAACACAGGUCAAAGUUUGGUUUCAGAAUCGUCGAACGAAGCUGAAGAAAGACAACGAGCGAAAGGAGAGUCUGAACGAUCCCCAGGCCGAGAGCAAGGCAGCCCAGAACGUCCUCAAAUUAUUAUCCUUCCGAACCAACGCUGCGUACCCCAACUUUCAUAACCGGCUAUCGCACCCGCCGUCCAUCUUAGAGGCCGUUUUAUCUCCCCCGCGAAGAGAAACUUCAACGCCUGAGCUUAGAUGUCAAGGAGCUCAAGGAUUGGACGAGUCCUUCACCGCCAGCAGUUUGGGAGAUGAUAACUCUAUUGAGGUCAGCGCAGAUGGAAACGUUUUGCCACCGAUGUCUGCAGUACACUUCCCUCUUUCAGCCUCUGGCGUAAGCUCUGCAGUAACAGACCCUGCAGUGACAAUGCAAUCCAACUACAGCCCAGUAGCGGCCAUGAACUGUGGACUGAGUCAAGCAAAGAACUAUGACCACUUCGGUGUUUCGCCGGCUACAUCGUUUUGUCCCAGAGAGUUCGAUCCUUCAGUGCGUGAUGGCUCUAUUAUUGGACAUCAACAAGAGAUGCUUACUUUCAACGCCCUGACCAACGACCCCAGACACUCCGCGAAGACCAUGCCUCUCGGCUAUCCAGGUAAUGUCCCGGCUUACUACAGACACGCUGAAGCCGCGAUGCCUCAGUUUGCCAACUUGCCAUGUUGGCUUGACGAUUACCAGAGAAUGAAUUUAUUGAAACAUUCUAAGAUGGAUUGGCACCAGAACCGCCAGCAUGUCUCUCAUCCAGGCGCGCCACCUGUCUUGCACGUGCCUGGAGGUAUUCGCCCACAACAUCAUCCCUUUGACGCCUAUGCCAACAUGUACACGUCUGGACAAAGCCUGCAACAGCCGCCACUUCCUGCGGGUCUGGUCUGGAGAUACAUCCACCCUGCCCAAACGAAAAAGGGGAACUUCCAAACUUUCCCCAACCAUCUAGACGGCAGAUGACCUUUGACACGGUUCGUUGACACACUGUAAAAAACUAUUUCUU